ACGACGUGACACCAAAAUGCUUGAAUACUUUGGCCUGCAAAAUAUGCAAGUAUGACUAACUUUCUGAUUCGAGGGGUUUCGAUCUGGGGGGGGAGGUGCAUGACGUCACAAGAGUGCUGCUGUCGUAUAAAAGGCACCCCCUCCUCGACUUUGUACCACAUCUCAAGACAGCUGCUCUUCCUUACAGUAUUCCACCAUGAAGGUUUUAUUGUUGUUGACAUUUCUCUACACUUGCAAUGCUGCUGUCCUUCUGACCCCCAGGAAUCCAGAUGACUUGGGUGCGGCGGUAACUUUCCAAAAUCAAGACGUUCUGGGGCAGUAUAACUUUGGAUAUAGCGAAGGCCAUCCUUCUGGUGCAUCUUUCCGCCGGGAAUCAGGAGAUGCUUUCGGUAACAAAGUUGGUUCCUUCGGCCUGCGGGACGCCGAUGGCCGCGUGAGGAUCGUCCGAUACGUCGCAGACGCCAACGGCUUCCGGGCUGACGUCACCUCCAACGAGCCAGGAGUUGCACCACAAGAUCCCGCUUCCGCCACCAUCAACAAGCCUCUACUCGUGCCACAGCCUGUGGUACCAGUUGCACCAGUAGCAGUGCCACCCCCUCCACCCCCACCUGUGGCACCGGUUGUUGCUGGACCCAAGAACUUCCCACCCCCUCCUCCUCCUGCUUACAACUACGUGCUUCCUGCACCUGCAGUGGUAGGACCUCCCCCACCACCCCCUCCAGCAUACUAUCCUCCUCCACCUAAAGUGUCCUCCCCAGUUGCUAUCCCAGCCCCAUACGCUGCGCCAGUCGGAAUACCUGCACCAGUACCAGUCGCUGCACCAUUUGCAGCGCCGGCACCAGCUCCCGUGGGUGUCUUACCGAAAGGUUUUGCUGCUUUCGCCCCAGCACCACCUCCUCCUGCCUACUACACAAACCUUGUCGGUGGCAAGGGCUAUGCUGGAGCCGUCAGGAGCUUCGUUCCACCCUUCGCAGCUGUUCCGCCCCAGUUCGGAUACUUGAAAUCACCACCUGCUUAUCAAGCUCUGGGCUAUCCAUUAUAACAUAAAAACAUCACACUAGAAUUUUUAAAAUGUCAUUCAUAUUUUGCCUUCAAGGCGGUGGUAAAAUCUUUUCAGCGAGAGCAGAAAAUCAAAUGCACGUGAAACUGAAAACAAAAUACAUUCACGACUUUGAUACAACAAUUCUUUUAUUUAAUGUAAACUUCAAACGACAAAAUUUUUGAGUCGAUUCUCAAAGAAAACAUUUUUAUAUCUAGCAAAACGUUAAAAAAUAUUUCAACCCACCUCCCUCUACAACAUAUCAUAUAAUUCGAAGUUUACUUUGAAAAAACAACUUCGAUAAUUUUAUUCCACAGCAAAUCCUGCACUUAUUUUUGUUUCAAGGGUUUUAAUUUAAUGUCCGACUAUUUAGUCACAUUAUUGUUUGUGCUAAUGGACUAGCAUUGAAUGCUUGAACAAUUUAAUUCCUCAUAAAAGAAAAUUGAAAACAACAUCAUUGAUGUUAUUCCAAGCAUAUUACCGCUUUGUAGAGCCAUUGUGAUAGCGCAAACAUAUGUUUCGUCUUGUUGUUAUUGUACUUUUUUAUUUAUACAUUUGAAAAAAAUAAAGUUUUUUA